UUUACAUUGACAAGUAGAGCCGGAGAAAGAGAGAGACAGCGAGAGACAGGUUUCUACUUCCGAGGAAGUGAUGUUGUUAAACCCUAUCAAUGGCGAAAUCGACGAAGAGAAGAAGAAGAAGGCGAAGGUGGUUGUGAUAAUGGGUCCAACAGGAUCUGGGAAAUCGAAGCUAGCCGUUGACUUGGCGUCUCACUUUCCGGUGGAGAUCAUUAACGCCGACGCAAUGCAGAUAUACAGUGGCCUCGACGUUCUCACCAAUAAGGUCACCAUCAACGAGCAGAAAGGAGUGCCUCAUCAUCUACUUGGGACGAUGAGCCCAGAUAUGGAGUUCAAUGCUAAGGAUUUUCGAAACUCCACCUUUCCUCUUAUUGAAGAGAUCCUAUCUCGCAACCACAUUCCAGUUCUUGUUGGAGGAACAAAUUAUUAUAUACAGGCUAUUGUGAGUAAGUUUCUUCUUGAUGAUUCAGCGGAAGAUACAGAGGAUUGCUGUUCAAAUGUCACUUCAGUGGUUAGUGAAGGCUUGGAUGUUGAGUCUAUCUCUGGGAGAGAUGAUUCUAGUGAUGGCUAUGAACUUCUAAAAGAGCUUGAUCCCGUUGCAGCAAACAGAAUUCACCCUAAUAAUCACAGAAAAAUUAAUCAAUACCUCAGCUUGCAUGCUAAAAGAGGAGUUCUUCCGAGCAAGCUAUAUCAAGAACAUACUCUAGAGAACUGGGGAUGCAUCGAUACCUCUCGUUUUGAUUACUGUUUGAUAUGUAUGGACGCUGAAACCUCGGUACUGGACAAAUAUGUUGGACAAAGAGUAGAUUCCAUGGUAGUUUCUGGACUGCUUGAUGAAGUAUAUGACAUCUACAAACCAGGAGCUGACUAUACUAGAGGCAUAAGGCAAUCAAUAGGUGUCAGAGAGUUUGAAGAUUUCUUGAGAAUGUAUCUCUCGGAUGGCUCAGUUUUGUGGAUGGAAGAAAGCAAGGAUGAUAAGGUUAUGAAGGAGAAUCUGAGUAAGAUCAUGGAGUUUCCGAGAGAUGAUAAGUUGAGGAUAAUGUUGGAGAAAGCAAUUGAUAAUGUAAAGUUAAACACCAGAAAGCUCCUUCGUCGCCAAAAAAGGAGAGUGAGUCGUCUAGAAACUGUCUUUGGCUGGAAUAUUUAUCGCAUUGAUGCAACAGAGUGCUUAUUAAGCAAAUCUGAAGAUUCAUGGGAUGCUCAAGUGGUUAAACCAGCUUCAGAGAUUCUCCAGCGAUUCCUGAAAACAGACACUGAAUUGGGUCACGAUGAAUCAAUCUCAGUAAAGUUGAGUGAGAGAGAUCUAUGGAGUCAAUAUGUUUGUGAGGCUUGUGGAAACAAGGUGCUUAGAGGAAGACACGAGUGGGAGCAACACAGUCAAGGCCGUGCACAUCGUAAGAGAGCCACUAUAUUCAAAAAAGCUGAAACUUUCAAAAGCAGAGAGAAGCAACAAGAAGAACAAGUGGAGAUUGCAGAGAGAGACAUCAUGAAAACUGAAAAAGGCUAAUGUCAGUAUUGGAUUGGAUUUGGACCCACUGAAAAAAGAAAGCCCAAACAAAUUAUGAUUUAUUUUAUUUUUGAAUUUGCUAAUUUGAAUGUCUAAAAGUCGACAAAAUCAUGACUUUUAACACUAUUUAAAUUUGAAUAAAUUGAGAAAAUUUUAGUUGUUGCAAAAAGGGAG